CAUCUCUGUGGACAACAACAAUCUCUCUCUCACACCCUCGCCAUCCUCCAACAUGCCGCUCCCCAUCGAGCGCUCACAGGGCAACGUCGCCUCCCUCGUGUCCCGCUUCCAGAUCGCGGCGACGCGCGAUGCCACUCCCCGUCGCCCAAGCUCGAGCUCAGGCCGCCGAGUAAGCGGCUGGGCCGAAAGCGACGACGCUCCCCCUUCCCACACUUCCCCUCCCCAAACUUCGCCCUCCAACACAACCCCCCACAUUCCCUCGCAGCCCGAGUCGACGCUCGAGCUCUCUCCCAAGCCCGCUCCCCCGCCCCCUCCUGUCGUGAGCGUCGUGCCAGAGCCCGAGCUGGAGCCGGCAAAGCCUUCCGAGCCUACCUCCAUCAAGAGCAGAGAGAAGGCAAAGGUCACAAAGGUUCGUCCCAAGGUCCUCAAGGAGGCGCCGAGUGAGAACCACGUCACGCCAAAGGCACACCACAAAGACCCCACGGAUCACAAAGAGCACAAUGACCAUCCCAAGGACCUCAAGAACGCCAGGGGCUCCGAGCUGAAGGACCGCAACGGCAAGCCCCUCCCGCGGCCCAGCAAGCCGCCUGGCUCGGUGUCGCCGGCCCCGCCCCGCGCUCUGAAGCCUAGACAGAGCAUGCCGAAGCUGAAGAGCCCAAACUUGGGCCCGUCCGAGCGUCCGCAGCCGCUCCCAAAGCAGCGUACCGGACCGCCCGUCGUCUCCCAGGCCACCGGUAGCAGCUCGGGUAGUGGGAGCAGCGGCAGCCCUGGCAAGCCCACGGCCAGCAGCUUGGCUAAGAUGCGUCCACGCUCAAGUCUCGGUGCCACGUCCACCCCUGUUGUUAAGUCUCCCACGCCGACGGGACGGCGUCCGCGCCACUCGACCCCGGCGGCAGUCCCGGCUGUGGUAAAGACGCCGCCCUCUGCGCCCAGUGCGUCCACGUCUCGGCUGCUGCAGGGCACCGCGGCGAGCCGCGCUCGUGCAGCUGCUGUACAGGCGACGCAGACUCCCACCAAGCGGUCUUCCAGCGCUGGCCCGAAGAACGCUCCUCUCAAGAGCAGUACCAGCAGCAGCAAGAGCGCAGUCUCUCCUCCCUCCAAGCCUGCUACGACUACCCGCUCCCCGCCAGGUUCUGACGCAGGACGCAAAGUGCCGGCUCCCGUUGGUCGCUCGCCCAUCGGCCGCAUCGGUCUCGCUGGCGCGCGUGAGGCACCGCGCCCCGACGAGGUAGCAGUUGCGACCAAAGUGACGGCCGAGGUGGAGGCCCAACCCGAGAAGGAAGAGAAGGCAUCUGAGACGGCGAAGAAGACGGUAUCAAACGAAGAGAAGGACAGCGAUCAGAAGAAGUCGGAAGAGGAGGAAGAGGAGAAGGAAGAGAGCGAGAAGGACGACAAGCCCGCCGAGUGAUUGGUGCCGGUCAAAAGCCUCUAGAUCUGUCAUGCGACGACACCCAAGCUCCUCGCGCCUAAUAUACCCUUUCGAGCGCGACACGACCACGACUCUGCCACUGUGUGGCCACGAUGUAUCUAGCUUGUACACAGCGUUGCCACAUUUUUCUGUGCUGAGAAGUUAGGGGUGGGGAGGGGGUGUCAGCCGCGGCUCUGU